AUGGCCUUCAACUUUUGUGACCAAGAUCAUGGCGGCGCGAUUGACGUACUGAUCCACAACGCCAAUGCGUUCGACCAAAGCUACACACUCCUACAGUCCUUCUCAAGUACCGCUGGAUAUCAAAGCCACGGAGGACUUUUUGAUGCUUCAAUUCGUACUGCUAUAUACGGAAACCUCUGGUCCACCAACGCCUUUCUCCCUUUGAUCGAGACGGGGACCGAGAAGAAAGUGGUGCAUAUCUCCACUAUCAUAGCCGACCUCGAUUUCAUAAAGAGUUCUGGUAUUGAAAACGCCCUAGUAUACGCAGUCGCCAAGGCUGGGAUGAAUGUCCAAGUGACCAAGUACGCUGUUGAACUUGCGCCGAGGGGCAUCAAAGUCUUGGCGCUGAGUCCCGGCUGGGUCGAUACUUUUGAAGGAGCAGGUCCGAAGCCGCCCCAGCUUAUCGAAGCCAUCGACAAAAUGCGGGAGCAAUUAAAGAAGCUCCCUCACCCUCUUGAGGGGCCGAUGGAUGUUGAAGAGAGCGUGAAGAUGCAGCUUAAUGUCAUUGAAUCUUUGGAUUUACACACUAGUGGUUCCUUCUUGAGCCAUCUCGGGGCCAAGUACUAG